AUGACUGGCCCAGUCUCGUCUAGCUCCUAUAAUAUCGUCGAUGACGAUGAAGACGAGGCUUGGGAGGAUAUCCCUUUGAAUGAGAUUGAUGAGGCUACCCAGGAAAACCUGGAUGGAGUUGAGGGCAUGCUUAACUUUGACGUUGACCUUGAUAACCAGUUGCCGACUAUUAAUGUUGCUGAGCAGUCGAAUGCGAUUAUCGACAAGAUGAUCCAGUUCUUCCGUGAUACCUGGGAGAUGACUCUUGAGAUACUUUACAUCAAGGUCAAGCGGCUGAACAGCAAUCCUGCCUUUACCCUAGCUGCGAUGGAGGAUUAUGGCUUCAUUCGACCUGGCUUUAAAUUUCCAGUAGCUGGCGACAUCUUCACCAAAGAGGAAAAGAAGAAGAUACGCCUGGUUCUUAAUUCUUCUGUCAAGAAGAAGAAGACCCAAUUCGCACUCGCGCACCGCCCAGCCAUCAAGAUUCAAGGAUCUCUCUUCACUACAGCUCAGCGCCGAUAUGCCUCCACUCCAAAGCCUUCAGUGAAGGCUAUGUUCUCUGAGAUCAGUGACUCGAUGAUCAAGAAAGGUGUUUGGGAGCUUCUGGGCCUUGCUGAAGUUUGGGAAGAGUUUACUGCUCUCGAUAAAACAGCCAACAUCUUAUCUGCGAUAGAUAAGAAGUUCUCAGCUAUACUAAAGCUGAUACCAUUCUUCCUAAAGCUUGACCUUGCUCGGGAUAAAGCGCUAUACAACUAG